ACCACCAGAUCCUUGCUAUAUCAUCAACCCUCCCUCCCUCAAUCUUCUAUUUCUUCUUCCUAAUAAAACGCUCUUCGGAUUCUUCAAACCCCCAAAACAAUGGCAAUCUCACUUAAUACAAAUCUUCAUCAGCCGUCUCUGAGUUGUGGGACUAAGGUUUACUCUGGUUUGAAGCUUCAAUCUCCCUGUUUGUUUGCAACUGGUAGACCAAACUUGACUGCGGACUUCUAUACCAGAGUUAAUAAGAGUCUCCAAUGCGGAACGCGAAGCUGCAAAGCAACAAGGUCACGAGUAGGGAUGAUGCCAAUAGGAACUCCAAGAGUUCCCUAUAGAGUUCCAGGUGAAGGAACUUGGCAAUGGGUUGAUUUGUGGAAUGCACUAUAUCGAGAGCGCGUUAUCUUCAUUGGACAACAUAUAGAUGAGGAAUUUAGCAACCAAAUAUUGGCAACGAUGUUAUACCUUGAUAGUAUUGAUGAUAAUAAAAGGCUUUAUUUUUACAUUAAUGGCCCUGGCGGGGAUCUUACCCCAAGCUUGGCUAUCUAUGAUACCAUGAAAAGCUUGAAGAGUCCUGUCGGCACCCACUGUGUAGGCUAUGCCUACAAUCUAGCAGGCUUCCUGCUUGCAGCUGGGGAAAAGGGUAAUCGCUUUGCAAUGCCUCUUUCAAGAGUUGCUCUACAGUCUCCAGCUGGUGCUGCUCGUGGUCAGGCUGAUGAUAUCCGUAAUGAAGCCAAUGAGCUUCUCAGAAUCAGAGAUUACCUUUUCACCGAGCUAGCUAAGAAUACAGGCCAGCCUGUUGAGAAGGUCAACAAGGAUUUAAGUAGGAUGAAACGCUUCAAUGCUCAAGAAGCUCUUGAAUAUGGGCUUAUUGAUCGUAUAGUCAGACCACCUCGUAUCAAGGCCGAUGCACCUCGUAGGGAUGCAGGAACAGGCCUUGGUUAGUGUUUAUUAUUUCCCAUAACAAAAUGGCUUGAUAUAGCUGUAAUAAUAUUAUGUUUCUCAAAUUUAUGUGCACGUUUUUGCAUAAAGUGUUAUAUUUGAAUGCUUUGAAGUUAAUUGAUCCUAAUGAAGUUUUCCCCAAAGAAA